UAAGACUUCUUCACAGAACAGGCUCACACACUUGAGUCGCUUUCCAUGUAGCGAUGACACAGAUAUAUCCGUGUUCCAUUGACUCAUAUUAUGGUACAAGCUAGCGGGCACUCCUACACAUCCGAGAGAGUGCGUGUCGCAGUGCAUCGGAUCGUCGGACUUGAACAUUUUACAGAAACAGGCAAAAGUCCUGCCUAAGUUUCAGAGUUUGAAGACCAGAUACAAUAUGACCGACGGUACUGACGAUGCUAAUGUGUUUACUGUUCGGUCAGUUGACAUGGACGGCGACGGCAAUACAGGUGAACGUCUGUGCGAAACGGUGUCAGACAGACAGCGGCAGCGAAUCAACGACAACCUGGAGAGAAUGCGGGACGAGUGUGACAAGUUCAAGAGGUGUCUGGACGAGCUGUACAGCCAGGAGAAUCCUCUUCUAGUCCUGGAAGACAACGACUUGGGACUCCAGCACAUAUGCGACCUGAUACAGCCUGAAGGAAACGAGUCUGUGUUCACGUGUAGCGUCGAGGAACGGAACGUCAUCCGAGAAGAUCUCCUGGUGCAUCUCAACGAUGACCUGAAUAGCGACGUCGACAAGUGGACACAUCUGAAACAGUGCAUUGACAACAGCACUGAAGGGACUGUUGUCGAACGCAUCUGCACUUUGACUCCGGACCACACGAGUCACGGCGCCCUGUGUGGUGACCGACAGAUACACGAGUCGGUAGAACAUUUCCUCAACAACCGACUGGAGAAUCUACAAUGCACGUGCAAUGCUCUACCCAAAGCCAGUAUUCACCUUCCAAUAAUAAUCGGGGCAGCAGUCGGUGGUUUGGUCGUACUCGUCAUAAUCAUCACCAUCAUCAGUCUCGUGGUCUGGAACAGGAAGAAAAAGGCUUCAGAUGCGUCACCGAGAUCUCGAGAUACCAGGCGAACAAGCUUUAGCUGGAGCACCAGUGACAAAGAGGGCAACGUCAGUCUGUACUCGGAGAUCUCCGACAACAUGCCUCUGAACAGACUGAAGCCUGCUUCCAGUCGUGACCGUGUACCACCAGUACCACCAUCCAGAUACGGCAAGGACCCAACUGCAGUUCCGCGUCUAGAUCGCAACGCAACCGGCAACGCCGGUUACCUGGAACCGCUGAAUCCCUCUGGCAGUAACUCCACCACCACCACCACCACUAAUGAAACGGAUUUGGCCAGGACGUAUGACCCUCCCUGGGACAAGCGUGUUGUAGUUCCUGUAAGUCUUGAAACCGGAGGAAACCCUCCAGAGAGUCCACCAGGGUACCCCGCACCAGAUCCACCAAGGUUUGCUGCAGACGUGGAUGAUGCCAAGGCAACCGAUCCACUUAUUCCUGGAAGAGACACUGGGGCAGAUGUUCAUUUCCAGCCGGCCGGUCCACGCAAGGCUACUACUGGAACAGUCAGAGAAGCAGCAGAAUUGGAAGGAGAGCAACACGAUGAUGAUGGCUAUGAGACGCUGGGACGCCUCGCAGAACGCAACGUCGGCGCUGUGGAUAAAGAUCAAGAUGGCCCAAAUCCGGCAGCGUCAAAUCCUAGUGUUCCUAAACAGAGUGUCUGUGAAGCUAGUGAUCAAAAACAAACCACGAUACUAUAAUUGACAUUGACUUUCCCUUCUAGUUAAGUUGAAUAGAAAGGAAUGCUUAUUCCUCGAUGUCUCAUCUAUUUUAAACUAUGGCUCUUUAGUGCUUAGCAUGUGCUGUUUGGUCGAAAGAGAAGUAGAGGAAAGCCGCUGAUGCUACAUAGGCCACGUAUACUGAUAAAGUAGAAAGAAAUCUUUUAUACAUACAUUUGCAUACAUAGGUCAGUACAUACCACGGUCUUUGAUGUGCCAGUUUUGAGGCACUGGUUAAUAGAGGGGAAAACUGAGAGCAUCAAGGAGUAUUGAUCCUGCGAACUAUCGCACCUCAGGUGAGCGCUGUCCCACUGAGCUACCCCCCCCCCCCCCCCCCCCCCGACACAUACAUACUUCCCUCUCCGGUUAAACUGAAUUAAAUCUCUUCAAGUAUGGAUGCAAAAAAUAUAUAUUAAUACAUUUCUGCCGACCCGAAACAAAACAUGCCGGCCCAAACGUUAUUUUAUAUUGUAAUCAUAAUCAAAGCUUCGGAUCCAAUGGGACGACAGGCGAAAAAUCUUCCGAUCAGUCGAAAAAUCUUCCGAUCAAUGGUGAUUUACAAUGUACAUGUAUGUUACCGAAUAAUUAUGUGUUUGUUUUGAAAGUUCGAAGGAGCACCACAUAGCUCAUACACUAACCAUUCGAUUAUUUCAUUUCAUAACUGUUGUACAUUAUAUGGAUGCAUUAACUUACAUGUGUGAUUUUUAUUUUUGCUUAUUUUCUUUCUUGUAUCCACUUAAGUUUCAAACACGUUUUUCUGGGCAUCUUCAAUUAUCUGGGCUGUCUGUCCAGUACAGUGGGUUGGUGGUUAGUAACUGUUAUUAGCUGUGACUGAGAGCAAAGUCUGUGUAGUGUUCUUGCACAAAUCUCGGGGCAAGUAAUACUGUGCAAAUCCAGUACCUACCAAUCUUAUUGUCGAUGAUUUAACCGCUGUAUUACCAAGACAGGUGUAAAACGAAUGCAGGUCUACAGGAAGGUGUUCCAUGGACCCCGGUUCCUAGGAAUAAUAUUCCUUUUUGACUUUUACUUGUAGCGAAUCUUUGCCCUACCUGGACGUGUUUAUCUUAUGUAAUUGUAUGUUUGUUUGUUGUUGUUUGUUUGUUUGCGUUUUUUGUGUGUUUUUGUUUUGUUUUGGCGGGGGUCCUUGUUCUUCUAGGAAUUGUAUUCCUAACUGACUUAAUGCAUAUGCUAGACUUAGGACUUAUAUUUCUUGGAGAUGAGUCAGGGGAAGUGAGGGUGGGGGUGGGUGGGGGUUUUGUGGAUGGACUAUUCCUACGAAUUUGUAUUUCGUUUACGUUAAAAUGUUUUGUAAUCCUCAUGCGCUCAGUCUUUGGUGGAUUUUGUAUCCAUCGUCAUUUCAUAUUUCAUUUGUCAUAAUUAUAAUUUAUAUUAUAUACAUUUUACCGCUAACAGUAUUGUUGUUUGACAUUUUGUUGUACUACUGAUGGAUAAGGGCAUACACAUGUUACAGUGUGAGUAAAAAUAAUGGUCUCGUGUCAAAUUGUAUUCGUGUCAUUGGUAGAGGUGCAGAUCUGUAAAAUUCCGACGCCAUAUAACCGUAAAUAAAAUGUGUUGAGUGCUUCGUUAAAUAAAACAUUUCCUUUAGAUCUGUAAAAAUAGUAUCUUUUGUGGGCGACCCAAGCUUUAGUGGCGUUGGGGGUAGGCACAAGCGAAGAUUUGUUUUCUGUUUGUAUAUUUGUUUUGUUUUCUGUUUUUAUUAUUAUUAUUUUGUUUAAUAAUAAUAAUAAUAAUAAUAAUAUUAAUAAUAAUAAUAAUAAUAAUAAUAAUAAUAAUAAUAAUAAUAAUAAUAAUAAUAAUAAUAAUAAUUAAUUAGUAGUAGUAGUAGUAGUAGUAGUAGUAGUAGUAGUAGUAGUAGUAGUAGUAAUAGUAAUAUUAGUUUUCAUCUCAACAUGACUCAUAAUACACACACAAAGAAACACACGCACACACACAAAUACACACCACACACGCACACACACAGAAACACACACAGAGAAACACACACACACACACACACACACACACACACACACAUAAUAGUUCCACAAAUUCGGGGAAAGACUUGUACUCUCUCCUUCCCCUGGUUCGAAAGGGCCAGAGAACCCAUGAUUAGUCGUAGGAAAGAGGACAGUUUACACCCAUUUCGACUCAUUAUAAGAUGUAGCUUUAUUUUGUCACGAUAAUAUAGAUGUAUUUAAUCGUUAUAUGAAAUAGCGUCGUGACAACACGUCUUAAGCAAUUAUUACUAAUGCUUACUGAUUUGGUCAGGUCUCUUAUUGACCAUGUCUUGUAGUAAUGCAUUUUAGAAGUUUACUUUAAUGUUAGUUUCAGUUUAAUACUCAGUUUAGCUUAAGUUAGUUUUAGUUUUGGCUUUAGUUGUAACUUAGCUUAACUACAUACUUUUAACAGUUUUCGGCCUUGGGUGUGUGUUCAUGCUAGACAUCAAUGUAUUCGAAUAUCUGUGCGUGUGCGUGUGUAUACGUGUGUGCGUACACGCGUGUGCGUAUUGAUGAGGAGUAUGACGCACGCACAUUUGAAGUGGUAUUUAUUACAUGAUAUAUUUUAAACGACGAUGUUGUAUAUGAUUAUGUCUGUCAAAUUAAUUGUAUAUGGAUAACACUGUUUAUUAAUACAAACAAAGACAUCUAAUAAGUUGACAACUUCAUUGUGUGUAUAACGAAUGUACAAAAAAACUAAAC